AUGUGUGGUCACGUGAUUGCAGGUGAAACGUAGGAGAAAAAAAAAAGAGGGAUACUUUCACAGUUCGCAAUAGACGUUAUAAAGCAGUUGCACGUUAAUGUAACAGAAAACAAUAAUGGGUAAGAAUUCAAUGAGAAUUAUUGAGGCUUCAACGAUUAAAAAAAGAUAAAUAAAUGAAGAGCUUUGAGGAAAGAGAUUUUCGGAGUAGAUGGUAAAUCACGUCAAACUAGAGUUGGUUAGAAAAAUAUUAGAUUUCGAUAAUACAUGCUCGAUUACUGGGCACAUCCCUCACUGCUAUGUAUCAAUGGGCCAAUGAGUAUGCAUUGAAGUUAUAAAAAAGCAUCGUCCAUGGACCAAUCGUGUUAUUCGUAGCAUCGUUUUCUACGCGGUCGCGGUGGCGUUUGGUGAUAGCCAGAGAGGGGAAGUCGAGGGGGGACGAUGUCGCGGAGUAGACGAAGGAAAUCAAGAUGGCAUCCGGUAGAAGUGCGAGGAACGUGUCAAACGAGCGUAACGAUGUCAAUAGUGACAACAGCAAAGUGAUUUCGUGUCGUCACAUACCGUUAUUAAGCUCAAUGAGCCAAGAGUGUUGCGAUGUGAUUAGCAACAAUGAUAAGACUUUAAUAAACAUUGAAAGCCAUGGUUACGACGACGGAAGAUUCAAGACGCCCAGCGGUGGGACGCCCACGGUUCCCGUAACAGCGUCAUCGUUUACUACUUUUUCACCGCAAAUCAACAACGCUACGUCAAUAACGCAUCACGUUGCUGAAUCAACGACGAUGCACGAAAAACGUCAGAGUGUUAAUGAUCAAAGCUUUUCAAUUGUUACCAGUGAUCUCAAAACAAAAAGACACGAGGAUCUGCCAGUCGCAUCGAGCAACGCGCAAAACCUUCAUAUUCGCGGCAAAGACGCGAGCUGUUUGCCUCGUCUCUUGUGUGAUCGACAAGCUGAGGAAAUAAUUUCCAAAGAUCGAGAGAGUCCACAGAUCAGCAAAGAAUCUUGUGAUUUACCCAUUCAUUCUGAUGAAGCAAGUAGCGGUGAGUCAAGUACAGACAAAAUCGUCCAAAUUUUUGCUGCUAAUCUGGGAAAAUGUGGAAAUGUUUCGAGCAAAACACCACAAUUAGGCGAGAGCCCAAGAAGUAGCGGCGGUGUAAUGAGCAGUCCUAGGAGUCCGGAUUAUCCGCCUCCCGUAUCAACCAGUCCUGACAAUCCUCAUGCGACGUUUGCUACUUCGGUAGGUGUAGAAUUGUCAACGAAUGAGACUAAUCAGCCUGUUGAUACAGGAAAAAGUAAUAGUCGCGUCAAAGCUGUAACACAGAAAAGUCCACCAAGAGGAGAGUCGUUCGGAACGAUAAUCAGUAGUGAAAAAAGUGUUAAAAAAAGCGUGACGAAUUUUUGUGGUCACGAACACAAUUUAUUGAGCAAUGAGAAGAUUUUGCGUUGCGAUGGGAAAAGUUGUCACACAGAGGAGAAAAAAUGUAGCGUUGAUAAAAUUUAUCCUACAGAAGCUAGGAAAAUAGAGAGCGAAGUUUUUGCCACAAAGGUCGAGCACGAUGACGAGAGAACAAUGGAGGAAGCUCAAUCUCACGUGAAAAAAGAAGGAGAGAAUAAAGUUGAGGUAAAAACUGAGCUCAGCGAGAUGUUGUGGUCCGAAGGCGUUCAGAAGAUGGAAUUGUCUGCUUCGAUUGAUUCAACGUCACAUCGUAAUGAAUCGAAAAAUACAGAAACCAUGUGCACAGUCACAACAACAUCUACCAACGAACAAUCGCAAGGAAAAGCAUCAGGGGCGAUAAUUUCGUCGACGACAGUGAAACGUAGCAGUAAAGAUCACAGUGAUCGUCGUCACUGUUCCCGUUGCUACAAAAGGAGCAAGAUUAAACGCGCGAGUAUCGGUGUACAGUGUAAACGCGAUCGUACCUCGCAUCCCCUACAGCAACACAAACAAAUGACUGGUACAUUUCAAAAAUCUAACAGCGAGAAUCUUCGAUUAAAUCUAGGAACGAAGAACUUCAAAACCAUGAACGCCAACGAGAACUCUAUGAGACAUGAACAGCUGGAGCAUCUCAAGUACAAAAAGUUUAUACACAUAGAGACUUAUCCGAAUGGUGGAGCAACGGUUGUCCAUAUGUAUCAGGAUGAAAUUUCCAUACUGUCGAAGGAACAAGUUGAAGAGUUGGCCCAGGAGUACUUCAAGGUCGUUUUCGGUGAGGAUGAAAACGGGAACGCCUAUCACGUAAUGGGGAUCGUUCACAACGCAGCAGCAUAUUUGCCCGACCUGCUCGACCAUAUGGCACAUAAUUAUCCUUCAUUGACGGUAAAGAAUGGAGUUUUGGGUCGUAACAGCGACAUCGAGACGACUACGAUGCUUCAGUACAAGGAACACGUUUGUAAAACUUACAACAACGGGACUAUAAGGUACGGGCCGUUGCAUCAGAUCAGUCUCGUUGGCACAGUGCACGAAGAAGUCGGCGGAUAUUUUCCUGAUCUGCUUCGGAGGCUUGAGGAGGAUCCUUUUCUCAAAAUGACAAUGCCUUGGGGACCGUUGUCAGUAGUAAAGAUGGACACGCCGGAGGAAUCGAAUGAUGGGCCGAUCCUUUGGAUAAGGCCAGGCGAGCAGCUGGUACCAACAGCGGAUAUAAACAAAAGUCCAUGCAAACGACGUCGUACAGGAAUAAACGAGCUGAGAAAUUUACAAUAUUUGCCGAGGUUAAGUGAGGCACGUGAGUACAUGUUCGAGGAUCGUACAAGAGCUCAUGCGGACCACGUGGGUCACGGUUUGGAUCGUAUGACAACGGCGGCGGUGGGUGUAUUGAAAGCGGUGCACGCUGGCCAGCCAUGCGAUUAUAACAGAAUAACGAAGGACGUUGUAGCUUUUUAUGCGGGUGAUUUCCCCGAGCUUGUUGAGAAGUUACAACUGGAUCUUCACGAGCCACCGAUAUCUCAAUGCGUUCAGUGGAUCGAAGAUGCGAAAUUAAAUCAAUUGCGUCGGCAAGGUAUACGCUACGCGCGUAUAAAUCUGUACGACAACGACAUAUAUUUUUUACCGAGAAAUAUAAUUCAUCAAUUCCGGACGAUAUCAGCGGUUUCGAGUAUAGCUUGGCACGUGCGACUCAAGCAAUACUAUCCGGACACCCCGAGCUGUGUAAGCAUGAGGAAUAGCCGUACGUUAAACGAGACUUCUACUUAUUUUAAGGAGAAAAAAGAUUCGGACGGUACGACAGCCUCGGACGAGCAAAAAGAAAACGCCGAUAGGCAACAUAUGGAAGAGAAAAAAGCUAAGGAACGUGCAGCAGAAUAUCAGGGUAAUUUGAAGAAAUCCGAUCACCAUGGACGUAAAAGAAAAGAGGAGCACAAAAAUCGUGAUCGUACAAGACCGUCCCAAAUUGCAAAGAGAAAGGACGACCGUCGCGUCAGUGGAAACAGUCGUAACGAGGCUAUAAGCGAUCCUGAUAAGAGAAUCGACGCUUCUUCCGUGGGUCACAAGCAUCGCGAGAGUGACGAGAGAAGAUCAGGCAGCAAAAAGAGCCAUGAGGAUCGUCAUCGUUCGAGUAGAAAAUCUUCGAGCGGCCAUCGCAUUAUUAGCAAUCACGGCGACAAAAAAAAACAGUCUCACGAUGCAACGAGCAACGAAACGACGAAAAUAAACCCGGAGAGACGGUACAGCGCCAGUGAGGCGGCUCGUACGCCCAAAAAGGAGGACUCAACCUCGCCAUGCAUCACAGUUCAAGAGGCUACGAGCGAAAAUACUACCUCGCCGGCCGAGAGUCUACCGGCGAAAAUUGUUUUAACUGAAAAACCUCGAAAUUCACCGGGUCAAACGAGCGAAGAAAUAGCUGAUACCCGGGAAAUUGUACUCGACGACGAAAUUAUGCGAUCGAGACAAGAAACUGGAAAAAUUUAUGCCGCUGAGGUAGUCGACAAAGCUCUAGAGAUCGCUAUAUACAAAUCAAAAACGGACGUUGAUGAGGUCUGUCAAUCGCUCCGUUGCGGUGUCGCGGAUGCUUCGAAAGAGAUUCUAGCCCGAAUACACGAGGAAUGCGAAACGAUAGCCCGCGAUUUAUCGAAGAACGAAGUUCGCGAGUACGAUAAAUAUCGGGAUUUGCUCGAGAAAGAAACGAUCGCGGCGUUCACAUCGAAAAUCGAGUGUGCGACGGAAAAUGCCGUUAAAGCGUUGAUCGAAAUGGCCGAGGAAGAGGCGAGAGAAAGAGCAAAGAAUAUACCGGAUCGUAAAACACCGGAAAUCGAUGAAGAGGAUCCAACGAAAGAGGCUGAAACGACGAGGAGCAUAGCAAAUGGAAACGUCGAUACGAGGGUGAUCGAGUGUGAUUCCGUAUCAUCGACGAAUCACGAAUGUCUCAGCAGCCUCGAAGAGAAAUCACCGAAGUCAACGGAACGGAGAAGCAGCACCGAGACCAAACGCAAAGACAGCAACAGCAGCAGCAGCAGUGGUGGUGGUAGCAGUAGCAAUCGCGAAGACAAAGAUUCGAGGGAACACCGCCACAAAGAAAGAAGAGAUCGUGAUCGUGAGAGACGCGAUCAUAAAAAACGGAGACAUCAACACGAGGUGAAUGAAAAAACGAGAGAUGGCGCGUCAAAGAGCGUUCCGUGUUCUUCGUCAAGCAUCGCUAAAGAAAGCACUGAAAAUCUUGGCUCGGUAAAAGAUACGAAUGACCGUAAAGCUGAAAAAAGAAAACACGAUAGUCACCGCAGCAGUAGUGACAAAAGCAAUCACAAAAAUUCACCGGAUGCUCAUCAUCAGCACAGGGAUGAAUCUUCGAGAUCGCGCUCUUCGAGUUCGAGUCACAAACGCAAAUCAAGUUCGGGCACUAAUCACUCGCACAAGGAAUCCAAAAGGCCUCGUAACAUUGAGGACAAAAUCAAUAUCGAGCCUAACAACGAUUCGACAUUGAUUAAUUCUGAUAAUGGUGCUAACAAUGAUCGAUCGAGUGCGACGUGAAUUUACCUUUAAUAUCUUUUUCUUUUUCAGCCCAGAAAGACAGCGGAUGAUUAGGGAGUUUUAAGGAAUGAUCCAUUUUUUAAACGUUCAAUUGAUACCAUUUUCGACGAGUUAAUUAUCCCAAACGUUAACAACGACUGACGGCGGAUCAUCGGAUUCUUGUCGUCCAGAAAACGUUGUUCGUUCCGUGUAUUGACGAAAACACUGAUAUAGCAGCAAACGUCACAAGAAGCAAAGAGGAAUUUGAGACGUGACCUUUCUGUGAAAAUUAACCACUGUUAAGUGUACGUUUGAUCGUUUUUCGAGAGAAUCGGCUCGUCAAUCCUUCAAAUAUCGCGAUCUUCAAAGGCCCAGCAUUAUUUGAAAGAGAACGAUGAAAAAGAAUUAAUUUCCGUUGGACCUUGUAAAUAUAAGUUAAGCAGUGAUAUUUGUAAGUUAAGUGAGAAAUGAUUAAAAUUGAAGAGAACGCGAGAGCGAGAGAGAGAGAGAGAGCGAGCGAAAAAUGAAAGUUUCGAAAGUAUGGCCAAAAUUUGGUUUUUAUCAACUAUUUAUGUUCAAAUUGUACCAUUAAGUUAUUUAUGAAAUUAUCCUAUACGAGCUUCGUUUUCAUUAAUCGUUAUAUGGCCAAGAGCCCCUUAAAAUUUCGACUCGAUUACGUAUCAUUGCGAUUACGUAUUUUUUAGAUUUUUUUUUCUCUUCCAGUGAUAUGAAAUUUAAUUCAAUUUGGUGUAUUUGCCUAUAUAUAUAUAUAUUUAUAUAUCUAUAAAUCUUUAUGUGAAGCGGUUGUUUUUUAAAAUGAUAUUCUUCCAUGAAUUGACCAAGAUUUACGAUCAAAGUCGACGACGUAUUGAGUGUUUUCACGCUGCAAAUAAUGCUACUCAAGUUUUAUUCUAUUCCCGUUGUUACAUCGACGCGGCAAUAGUUGUGUUUAGCCUCGUAAGCAGAAUACUAACGGCGAACGAGAAGACAAUAUGAUAUUAUUUGUCCGAGUGCUUGAGCUAAGGAUUCCGAAUGAAAGAUUAAAAGAAUAACCUUUCAAUUAUUGUGUUUAUUACUUCGGUUUUUAUCACUUUCAUCGUUCAACCGGUGCUUUGUUUCAUUAAUUUUUCGACGAUCUGUACUGACAGGAGACUUUACUGUUCAUUGACUUUUUUCAUUCAAACCUGCUGUCCGGAUUGCUGGAAGGAAUUGUAUUUUUUCGUUUCUUUUCUUUCAAUAUAUGCUUAUUGCCGCAUUUUUUUGUGGUUCUUGCCCCCUGCCCCCUAGGCUUGAGCGUCAUUUCACUGUGUAUCGUCGUUAUUUCAUUUUCAAGAGCAAAAGAAUAUUAUUAUUCGUCUGCUCUUUGUUUUCCCUGCGUCGCGUGAUUCGAAUAUUUUUCGAUAGAAAAAAAUGUUGUCGAAUCUUCUGAGUCAAAACAUUGUAUAUGUAUGAGGCAUUUCACAUAAUUUUCCGAAGAAGAGAUUUUAUUUAAAAAAAAAUCGAAUUUACUUUGACACUUUUUUGUGCACUUUCGAUUGGCCAUGCUCUAAAAAAAUGUACGAUUUAAAAAUGAAUGCCUUUUAGAGCUGUGGGAAGAAUUGGGGCUCAAAACGGAGCAGUCAAUCGUGGAAUAUAACGGUAGAGUUGGCAUGGAAUUUCCCAUUUGUACAUUAAGAAAAAAAUAAGAAAAUGUAUAAAAAACAUGUCUUCUAUUCGGAGAGAAUUUCGAGAUCGAAAAGUAGGAAAAAAGGAAUCGGCGUGCGAGUAUCGAUCGGAAUUGAAUCGCUUUGUAUAUUUGUAAAUAUUGAAUUGAAAAAAACAAAAACGACAAAGUCUAUCGGAGUAAAUAUGAAUGUUGAAUACGACGGAUCAUGGAUGACUUGAGUAAUCGUGGAGAAGUUUUACAGAGAUAUGAAAAUAAAUAAUAGAGAUAAUGGUUCAAAAAAGUAUAGAAAAUAAUAAACGUAUACACGUACCGGUGCCAGUACUCAGUGCCGGAGUAUCGUUACUGACACUAAAUACUUGUAUCCUAUUACUUAAAUACAUAUGAAUGAUCUAUUAUGAAAACAAAACGAAGAAAAUAAAAAAAAUGAAAAAAAACCCACACACGCAUAGCGUUGACAAAAAGAAAGAGAAAAAAUGGCAUAGGGCAUAGCUAUGACUAGAGUUAUUGUAAGUAUGUAGUUUUACAUAUUAUACCUGUCACACAUGUAGAUUACUGGCAUUCCAACUUUUAGGUUUCUAAUGAGAUGAAAAACGAAUAAAUUACUUUUAUCAAGCAUA